UAAUCAACAGCUGUUUAUAAACAUAUUAUUCUCUACUGUUUACCACACCCCCCAUUCUUUGCACAUUCAGCUUUUGGAACAACAAUCAACAGCUGGCGUUUUGUUUAAACAAUAGCAUAUAUAAACUGUUUACAAUUUACAAAGUAUACGCAAGAUAAUGUACAUAGACGUGUAAUCAAUAUUAAGAGCCGCAAAGUUACACCCGAAGUCAACUCACCGGCAUUGUCACAGUCGCUCAACGGAACUCGCGAAGAGCGCUAGCUAGCUAACCAGAUAAAUUGGGAAAAUACUCUAUUACAAAUUGUUAACAAGUUCUGCUGUGUGUAGGCGCUGUACGCAUAAGUACGACUAACUCCGGCAAAGUGUUGCUUAUGGAAUUUUCCACGCAUACAUAAAUGAUCACUCAUUGCGCGCAUGCAAACGAUUUGUGUGUAUUUUAUAUCUACAACUCUUGUCCAACAUUUGUCCAUUCAUAGAUCACGCUUACAACAACCACAACCACAGACAUAUCGAACAUUCCAGAAUUAGAAAAUGUCUCAUUGUCGCCAAUACAUAAACGCUACACAGCGACCCAUUGAACCGUUUUGUGAUUGUGCAUUUCCGCAAAGUGUCCUGCUAGCCACUUACAAAGGAUAUAUACCGGAUUUAGUGAAUUGUCGAUGUGGUGAACGUGUUGUGGCAAAUAAAAGUGAAACUUCCGAAAAUACCGCCACAAAGGAUGACAAUGUUGAGAAAACGCCAGUGGAAUUAGUGUGUCAGCCAAAUGGUCUUCUGUGGAGUUGGGAACAGAAUGAAACAACUGAUACCUUGAUAAAAGGUGCUGACAUCACUUUUCAUCCUACCUAUAGUCAGGGUACAGCAAUAGUGCGCAGUGAACAGCCCCUCAAGACGGGCAUGGUGCAUUUUUGGGAAAUGCGCAUCAUAACGCCCCUCGCAGGCACCGAUGUGAUGUUCGGUAUUGGCACCGAUAAAGUUGAACUUAAUCAAUUCCAGUAUCAUUUCGUUUCGGCGCUCGGCACGAAUGCACAAUCCUGGGGUUUCUCCUACAAUGGCAAAAUCCAACAUAACGGCGUACAAUUGCCUUAUGGUCAAAAAUUCUCACAGGGUUGUAUUGUGGGCCUUUGUUUGGACCGUGCGCGUGGCACACUGGAAUUCUAUUUGAAUCGUCGUUCAUUGGGCGUGGCAUAUACGAAUAUACCGCUGGAUCCGGAAGUCCAUCUUUAUGCUAUGGUUUGUUCGACAGCCGCCAAGUCUGUGGUGCGUUUAAUAAAUUCCACAUCGCAAGCGGAUUGUCUGCAAUUGCGCGCUUUUAAAGCGCUCUCCAAACAGCCGAAAGAUUUGCAGUUACUACGCCAGAUGCCCGGUUUUCGUGGUAUAUUGAAUGAUUAUUGGUUCCUAACACCGCCGGUGCGUUAUUCACGUCGCAAUGCGGCUAGCGAAUUGGAUAUUGCCGAUGAGGCGGUACUAUCGAAAUCGAGACUGAGCAGAAAGCAGAAAUAUAAAGAUGAUGACUUAGACAUAAAUGAUCUCUACUCAAAUGCGCACAAAAUAGCGAUGCGUUGCAGCCCAGAAAAGGAUGAUGAUUUGCAUCCGAGCGAAUUUUUCGAUGAAUACUUUCAUUUUCUAUUCUAAGCGUUCAGUUAAAAUGCAAAAAGACUAAUUUUCAUAAAGUAAAAUAAGCAACAAAAUCCCAUUGUAAAUUUCCGUUGAGCCAUUUAAGCAUUUACAAACAUUUAUGGUUAUAAAAUUUGUAGUGCAAUUAGUAUUUGUAAAUUUAAUUAUAAGCUUUUUAGCGCGAAAGAUAAAAACAGUUGUAUAUUCGUGCCUGAAAUUUUCCAUUGCCAGAUUUUAUUUUUAGAAUUAAUUUUGUACUAAAAUUGUGAACAAUAUGUUAAAACCAAACCGCCACAUGGCAUUUAUUUUAUUUAACUUAAUGAUUUACAACUGUUCACAUUUCUAAUUAGAUAAAUCCGCCGACUUAAUUUAAUAACAAUUUAACUCUUUACGCGCUUAGCAUUUGAGUCAAUUUAAUGCAUUUUUGCAUCGAUCAGUUGACAAUCAUUUGUAAGUCGCUUAUUUACUUUCUUGAAAUCUUUUGUUUUUAUUCGUUGCGUGUUCGACUGGCUUACAAACAAAACCUUGCUAAAACACUUGUUGCAUUGUUUGCGCUUGACUUACGUACAUAUUAAGUAGCUAAGUAUGUAUUUAAAUAAGCUUAGUUGUAAAAUUGUAUAUGACUGCAUUUCUGUGGAAGAUGCUUUAAUUGUUUGUAUAUAACUCUAUUGUGAGUUCAAUUAUCGAUGUGUUCAAUAGCAAUUCGCUAAUUUCAGCUAAUGCACAAUUAGUACACACAUUUGUUUACGCUAAUCUAUUAAUUAACGAUGUUUUAAGUGCUCUUUAUAAAUUACUAAUUUUUCUUAAAUAGUUUUUAUAUCAUGUACGCAAGCAAGAAUUAAACAAUAAAUUCUACAAGACGUAAUUUUGUUUACAUGUUAAAAAAUUGUUUUUAUUUUGCGAAAUUUACAUAAUUUUUGCACAUUUUUUUCAUAAAGAAUGACAAAACAGCUGCAAUAUUGAACAUAUUUUGCUAUAAAUAAAUGGAAAUGCUUAAUUUUUACAUUGACCUAACUUUAGUCAUCACGCUUACAAAAAACGAAUGGCAUUAAGAAAAGUACAGGGUAUAUAUAAAUUGCACUAUUACGGCAAAAUCGAUGUUUUUCUAGUUAUUGGACCAAAACUAUUAUUUUCGACAGUAAACUCUCCGUAUUAAAAUCAACAUUAUAAAGGUAUUAUGUAAGUAUUUGAAAAAUAAAAACAAAGUUUCGAAGUUAGACGCCAAAGUAUAAAGAUAUGUUUGAGAAUUCCAAAGUUAAGCAUAUUGAAAUCAUAAUUUUAAAGAUAUUAUGUAAGGUAUUAGAAAAGAAAAAUAUUGGCAUGAACCACGUUUACUGUUAUUUCGAUGGUGUAUAAUAUUUUUCGGUUAAGCUUAUAAGACAGACCGCGUUAGGAGCCUGUGUUACUCGCUGUCAUGCUUUAAGAGGCACCCUUAGUGUGACAGCCAAAAAAAGGCGACUUCUGGGAAUUAAAAAAAAUUUUUAAUCAAUUGUUUCCAAACUUUAAGGUUAAACUAUACAUAUUUUAAUAAUACACACUAAACUUUUAGAAGAUCUAAUAAAAAUAUUUUUCGAGCUACAUGUAAUCUCCGGCGGCGCUCGAAUUUGGAAACUUGGUUUUUGACCACGACUGCAGUGUUUCCGGCCUUCACCGUAGAUGAAACCUAAAAAAAUUAUAUACCAGAAGAUAUUGUCCUUACAAUGACCUACAGACAAAAAAAAAUGUAAUAAUUCACAAAAUGGCGGCGUUUAAAAAUAAAUUUAAUUUAACCCAAAAUUUUAGUUACACUAAAUGCCCCGCUAAAUAUAAAAUACAAUAUUAUGAUAGUAUAGAAGGGACCCGUUUUUGGGAACCUCAGACGAAAUGUAGCGAUUACUACAAUCAAUUCAACCAUGUUAACGUUUUUUAUACGCUGAACAAGCUCAAUUAAGUUUGUCAUGAAGUUUGUAACACCCAGAAGGAAACGUCCGUCUGUCUAUAUAUACGCCAAGUAGGCACUCAGCUUUUCAGAUAUUGAUCUGAAGUUUUUGAACACAAACUUUUUUCAAGAAGUUGCUCAUUUGUUGGAACCGUUGAUAUCGGACCACUAUAGCUUAUAGCUGCCAUAAAAACCUGAACUAUCAAAAUUAAGUCCUUGUAAGGUAAACUUACUUAUUUGACAAGAUAUUUGAACGAAAUUUGACACAAAUUAUUUUUCCAGACAACGCUACAAUUUCCACACAUAUUCUUCAGAUCGGACCACUGUAACAUAUAUCUGACAUACAAACUGACCGAUCAAAGUCUAGUUCUUGGAAGGAACUUUUUUAUUUAUGAACCUUUUUUGGUUUUGUUUUGCAAUAGGCAACAAUAACAGUCAUUUGUCUGUCACAAAUUAAAAAAAAAA